UGUGUUGGCCACUUUGCUAAUUUAUUAUCCUACAAGUUAGUGCACCUUUGAGAAUAAAAAAAAAGAUUGCCAGAUUCCUGCUUUUAUAAAUCUGGUUCCUAAAACCCUAAUCAUGUGUGGGACGAUGUCGCUGCAGAAGCACAUAGAGAAGGUCUUAUUCUCCGCCGGAGAGAUCGCAGAGCGCGUGGGUCAGCUGGCCGCCGAGAUCUCCGCCGAUUUCCCCGGUGAGGUUGAGGCUCCCAUCCUCAUCGGUGUGGCCACCGGCGCCUUCCUCUUCCUGGCCGACCUCGUCCGCCAAAUCGACCUCCCCAUCUCCAUCGAUUUCAUCAGAUCUGACUCCUACGGCCUUUCUACCGUCUCCAGUGGGUCCCCUUCUCUCUCUUUCGACUUGAAGCUCGACGUCGCCAACAAACACGUUAUCUUGGUGGAGGACAUUGUAGACACCGGAAACACACUCUCUUGCUUGAUCAGUCACUUGAAAGCAAAAGGGGCGUCCUCGGUGUCAGUGUGUGCUUUCCUUGACAAGCCCUCACGGAGAAAAGUCCAUUUCAAGCUAGUUGGAAACGGCAAAUUCUACAGAGGAUUUGAAUGUCCAGAUUACUUCGUAGUGGGCUACGGGAUGGACUUUGCAGAACAGUACCGGAACUUAUCUUACAUCGGAGUGUUGAAGCCUGAAUGUUACAACUGAUUCUGUUUCAUCUCAAACCGAAACCCGUUGUCACCCCAAAGAGUAUUUUUGUUCAGAGCAAUACAUUUGUAAUUUCUCUUGUGCGUAGGAUAUGAUGAAAACAUUGCAUUUGGUCUAAAUAAUGACGCGCCCUUCAAUGGAUAGUGGAUACAAUGAAAAACGUGAGACUGUUUGUGUUUU